AUGAGCUCUGCUUCAAAUCUUGAGGAGCUUUACUUAUGGAGAAAUAAUCUCAGUGGAAAUAUUCCUGACUCUAUCUCCAAUGUUUCUAAGCUCAGAAUCCUAUUAUUAGAAGAAAACUCGUUCUAUGGCCUUAUUCCAAAUACACUUGGCAAUUUAAGGUUCCUUGAGAAUUUGGGCCUUCGGUCGAAUGAUUUGACCACCAAAAUUUCAACUCAUGGGUGGAGCUUUCUCUGUUCCUUGGCAAAUUGCAGGUAUCUAAGAAUUUUGAACCUAUCAUUCAACCCAUUGAAUGGCAUUCUUCCAACUUCUAUCUCAAAUCUUUCCACAUCACUUCAAAAAUUAAAGGUCGUUGAUUGCAAAAUUAGAGGCAGCAUUCCCAUGGAAAUCGGUAGCUUAAGCAAUGCUAUAUUCUUAGACCUUUCUUCUAAUAAAUUGAGUGGACCUAUUCCAACAACAAUAGGAAGGCUACAAAAUCUCCAACUUUUGAAUCUUUCUGGAAAUAAGUUACAAGGCUCUAUCCCACACGAUCUUUGUGGUUUGAAGGGAUUGUACAAAUUAUCAUUGGGUGCUAAUGAGCUUGAUGGACCUUUACCAACAUGUUUGUGUUAUUUGACUUCUCUGAGACAUCUAUACUUGUUCUCCAACAAAUUGCAUUCGCAAAUACCUUUAACUUUUUGGAGCCUUAAAGAUAUCUUAGAAGUAGACUUAUCAUCAAACAAUCUUAGUGGUUCACUUCCACUUGAUAUUGGAAAUUUGAAGGUACUUAUCACUUUGGAUUUGUCAAGGAAUUUAUUAUCAAGUGAUAUUCCGUCCACAAUUGGAAGUCUCUAUGAUCUACAGGUUUUGAAUCUUUCUAGAAAUAGAUUACAAAGCGCUAUUCCAAAAUCAUUGGGUUACUUGAUGAGUUUGAAAAGCUUGGAUUUAUCUAACAACAAUCUCUCUGGAGUCAUUCCCAAGUCUUUGGAAAAACUUUAUGAUCUCAAUUAUUUUAAUGUGUCUUCCAAUAGAUUGGAAGGAGAAAUACCAAGUGGAGGGCCUUUUCUGAACUUCACAGCCAAAUCAUUCAUGAAAAAUUAUGCACUAUGUGGUUCACCAAGACUACAAGUCUCACCUUGCAAAAAUAAAAUCCAUCCAAAAUUCAAGAAGACCGCUCUUCAUGCUUUGAGGUAUGUUUUACCAACAUUUGCUUCAAUAAUAAUAGUUGUAGCUGUCAUAAUUGUCUACAAAAAAGGGCAGCGGGGGAAUACGAAUUUGGCAAUGGUUGAAGAUUUAAUUCCUCUCAAGAAAAGGAGAAGAAUUUCGUAUAACCAACUAUUGCAAGGAACUGGUGGAUUUAGUGGGAAUAACUUACUUGGUUCAGGAAGUUUGUGGCUCCUGUAUACAAAGGAUACUUUCAGAUGGAACAGAAAGUGCCAAUAA